GAAAGCCUGAGGCAGAACAAUCCUUGUUUUCACAGGAGAAGCUUUUCUAGGAUGCAAAAGCUUUUACAUCCUCAUUCUUGUUUCUAAAAGCUGUGUCUUCUCCACAAAUCAAAAUAUAUAUAUAUAUAUAAUCUUAGGAUGGCAUCAACAUCACAGUCCCUGAGAGGUAACCGAAAGGUCAAUUUAAGUGAAGAAUAUAGAACAUUUCUGCAGAAUCUGUGGCACAUCUCCAGAAAUUUAUCAGAUAACAUGACAGAAAACGAGGAGAUAUUUAAGGAAAAAAUCCAUGCACUGCUCAGCACAGCUGAACGAGACUGGUUUGUCAAUCCAAAAGAUAUAUGGACUUUCUUUGGCUCUCUCUUUUUCUGCUGCACAGUAUUCACAACUGUGGGUUAUGGUAAUACAUAUCCCGUGACACGGACUGGAAAAUAUCUCUGUAUGUUGUACGCUUUAUUUGGCAUCCCUCUGAUGUUCUUGGUCCUGACAGACAUGGGAGACAUCCUUGCAACCGUCUUGUCCAAGUCUUAUAAUGAAUUCAGAAAACUACAGUCAAAAAUUCUAGCCUCUAAACUCUGUUUGGGAUCCACAUGUAACAAAGAGGAUGAAUUAAAAUCCAGAGCACAGUCUAAAAUAGUCAUCAAUGAGCCCUUGACUAUUAUGGAAGUGCUGAAAAACCAGACAGGUAUUAAAAGCAAGCCAAUCAAAUAUCGCAAUGCUGAAAUCUUUGAAAUGUUAAUUGCCAGAGAAAAUGAGCAUACAAAACCAGCAAGAAAUAGAAGCAUUGAGAGGUGGAGCUCAUGUCCAGAAUUAGCCAGGGGAAAAACAAUGUCCAGAGUAAUUGAGAAUUUUGACAAAAUAGGGAAAGAGUUGGAAAAGUUAGAUGUUCCCAUUAUAUUAAUGGUGCUAGUUAUCUUUGUGUACAUCUCCUGUGCAGCUGCUAUUCUUCCAAACUGGGAAACCAGGUUGGAUUUUCAAGAAGCCUUUUAUUUCUGCUUUAUCACCUUGACAACUAUUGGAUUUGGAGAUACACAACUGGAACAUCCCAAGUUUUUCUUGUUUUUUUCCCUCUAUAUUAUUAUAGGCAUGGAAAUUGUCUUCAUUGCUUUUAAGCUGGGCCAAGACCGUUUAAUUGGUUUGUAUAAAAAGUUGAUUUCAUUUUGUGGAGAGAAAAAGAUGCCAUCAAAGAAGGUAUAUCCAAAAUAAGAGCAGUCAUUUUGCCUUCUCUUGCAAGCAUUGGCCACUGCAAUGAGAUGAAACUGUUCUUGUGCAUUUCCUCUCCCUGCCCUGAUCUGGCAGGAGGUGUAUUUUAUUCUGAAUUCCUGUAUCUGCUGUAAAAUGGUUGAACACCUCAGGAGACAUCUGGUGUAGGCAUCUCCAGGGAAUACUUUCCAACAGGGUCCCAUCUCCUAAAUAAUAAAAGAUGGCACAUGAUGAACAAGCAGAGGACUCCCCCUGCCAGUGCUCCAUAGGCAUCUUCUGCAAAGCUCUGACUUCCAGCGGCCUUUCUGUCCUCUCUCCCACAGCAAGCUGAUAUCGGAUCUCUUUUCAGCACUUGUCCAAGCAAAGCCCAGAUCACUGUUUCGUCCUGCCCACCUGGCCAGCAGCCAGGGACAGCUUGGUUGUGGUACUGACUUGGGGCAGCAUGCUACUGUAAUGGGAUUCAACAUCAGAGAGAGCUGGGUAGAAGAAGUAUGAACCCAGCUGCUCUUCCAGCAUGGCUAUGUGUAUUGCAAAUGUUACACUUUUGUGCAAGCCAGAGGCAUUUUAAAAUUAGAGAAUGGACACUGAUUUUUCACCUACUUCUCUGUCACCUGUCCAGAAAACAGGCAGAAAAUUGUUCCUCUGUUUAGGACUGAAACGGCUCCUUUUCCAUCAUCAUUUACAUAUUUACUCAUCAUUUACUCAUCCCAAAGUUGAUACAUGUUGCAUGGUGUCUAGCUAUAAAAGUGAGAAGGCCACCUGGAGAAGGCACAUGGCAUACCUGAAGAUAACUUCAGCCAUGGAAUGAAGCUCCAUCUCCUUGCUGCUGAAGAAGCAGGAUGCUCUGGGGGCACUGAUCCCAGAAAUGCUCACUCCUAGUCUAGGUUUUACUCUGCACAGGCUGCUUGACUUCUGGCAGUUCCUUGACUCACUCAUGGAAAGAAAAGCCUAACUGUUUCACUGGGACGUGGUGAGGAUGCUCUAGUUAUAUACUUGUGGAGCACAUUAAUAUGUGACUGAUGUUAUAUUAUUCACAAUCCUAAUCUAGCUAUCAAUGAUAGUUUAAUUUUUCUGUCAAAAAAAUACACACUUUAUAAAAGAAACCACUAACCUGAAUUAACUGCCUCUUAACUUGUCAAUUAUAUGCAUGUCCACUGAAUGUAUGAACGAAGGACAUCUGUAGAUAUUAAAGCAUGCUUGAUUAUGACAGAAUGUACAUUAUUCUCCAUAGCAAAUUUGCCAAUUGAAGCUGAGAUAUUCAGAAUAUUUACUUCCUGCCUCUGUUAUUCUCCAUGUGCAUGGUAAUGUGUAUUCAGUCCUUAUUAAUAAUUAGUUGUGAUUAAGCACUGAUGAUAUGCAAAACAUGUAAUGAAUGAUGGUAUAUAAAAAGUGUUUUAUGAAAAUAACAAUAAAUAAUACAGCAGCUGGAAGAAA